GCGCCCGUAGUUAUAAUUUCGAAAUAUUUUUUUAAGUAAAGCGACAAAAAGACUCUGUUCCCCCUCCAACGCUCGCGAAUGUCGUAGUGCAGUGUUUUGUUUACUCAAUCUCAUCAAUUAUAUAUAAAAUCAUUUUUAGGUAUUUAAUUACACAUAUAUUAUAGGUAUCUGUGGGCAUUGUUGUACGUGCAGUGUGGAAGUGUGGACUACCUGCGUGAGUGCGUGGCGUUGCUGCGUAUAUCUUUUGUUAUUUGUCUCUCUGCGGCCGCAGUGUUUUGUACACAGUGCAUUUUUUUUACGUUACUCGUGGCAUUCGUGCCCGUUGAGUAGGUACAGUAGUUGAUCAUUAUUAAUUUAAUCCCAACUCUUACCAGCGUAUCAUACUGUAUACGCACCAACUCAGGCUAUCAUAUAGCCAAGCCGCUGCCGGGUUGACAGCAACAACCAAACGAACGAACGAACGAACGAGAAAAGAUAAAUUCGACUCGAGCUAAAUAGAAUAUACCUAUAUACCAUACAUACCUGUAUAUACAAAAGUUAUAAAAAGAGAGAGCAGGUAGCCAUCGGAUUUCUCAUCAUCAGAUCAGCUACAAUGGUCAUCAAAAUCUACAUAUCCAGAAUUAGCGGCAGUAAGGAAGUGAAAAAAAGACAGCAAAGAGUCUUGAUGAUAUUGGACAGCAAAAAUGUAGGCUACCAAGUUAUAGACAUCACAGAACCUGGCAAAGAAGCUGAAAAAGAAUUUAUGCAGCUCAAUAGUAUGGCAAAGGAUAGCAAAUAUCCAAUACCUCCACAAAUAUUUAACGAAGAAGAUUACUGUGGAGAUUAUGAAGACUUUGAUGAAGCAAAUGAAAUGGAUGAAUUGGAAAAGUUUCUAAAAGGGUCGUACAUCAGUACUGAUAACUCUGAAAAUAAGUCACAAAAUGAUGUACAACAAAACGGCAACUCUUCAAGUCGAGAGCCUUCUGCGGAUAAAGAUGCCUUGGACCAUGAUGGGACGGAAGAAAAAAUAUUAUCUGAACCAGAGAAUGACAAACUUUCUGAUACAGAGAUUAAAGACUUAUCUGAAGGUGAUAAUCUUGAGGAAGAUGAUGAACAGAAAAAUGAUGAAGAUUAAAUAUUAUUUUAUGCAUUGUGUGCAUCAAGGAAUAAUUAUGUCUUACGGAGAUUCAUACGCGACCAUUUCUUCCUUUGUAAAUGAACCGUUUCAUUUUCAUAAAGUCGCCCUUUAACAUAAUGAGGUAAAAACUGCCAGCAAUACGUCCAUACAGAUUUUAAGAGUUGACUGAGAUUAUUUAUUUGCACUUUGUUCAAGUGAUUUCAGUAAGCAAGUCAACUCUGAAACAAGUUCAGACAUACUCGCUUAGUUUGUAUUUUCAUAAUUUUUCAUAUUAUUAGAUCUAUGAAAUUUUUAACAGAGAAAAUUAUAUUUUGUGCU